UGGAAGCUAGAUCAUUUUGUUCAUCAUGGCGGCUGUCGCGAUACGCACUUGCGAAAGUCCUGGCUGUCAACAACCAGCUAAAUUACAGUGUCCUACAUGUAUUAAGCUUGGAAUUCAAGGCAGUUUCUUCUGUGCUCAGGAUUGCUUCAAGCAGAACUGGAGUGAACACAGAAAAGUACACAAGUCAGCUAAAGCUGCAGAUGACAAUAAUAAACCAGUGACCUAUAAUCCAUGGCCUGGAUAUAGAUUCACAGGAAAACUGAAGCCCUGGCCUCAGUCUCCAAGGCGAGAGGUCCCUGAUCACAUCCAGAAACCUGACUAUGCAGAGAAUGGUGUUCCUCUGUCAGAGAUAAAAUCCAAGCAAAGCAUGCAGAUAAGAGUUCUGAAUGAGGAGGAAAUUGAGAAGAUGCAGGUGGCAUGCAGGUUGGCAAGGGAAGUGUUGGAUACAGCAGCAAGGCAUAUUAAAGUUGGUAUCACAACAGAUGAAUUGGACAGGAUAGUACACGAGGCCUGUCUUGAGAGGAAUUGUUAUCCUUCUCCUCUCAAUUAUCAUGGAUUUCCAAAGUCUUGUUGCACGUCUGUAAAUGAAGUGAUCUGUCAUGGUAUUCCUGACACGCGCCCAUUGGAGGAUGGGGAUCUCUUAAACAUCGACAUCACCAUUUAUUACAAUGGUUUCCACGGAGAUCUGAAUGAGACAUUCUUUGUUGGUGAAGUGUCAGAGGACAGCAAACAGUUAGUGAAGGUUACACAUGAGUGUUUAAGUCAGGCUAUAGCAUCAGUGAAGCCUGGUGUGAAAUACAGAGAGAUUGGUAACAUCAUUCAGAAGCAUGCCCAAGCUCAUGGCUAUGCUGUUGUGAAGAGUUUUUGUGGCCAUGGGAUUCACGAGCUGUUUCAUACUGCACCAAGUGUCCCUCAUUAUGCAAAAAACAAAGCUUUUGGUGUAAUGAAGCCAGGACACACAUUUACCAUUGAACCGAUGAUCUCACAAGGAACUUGGCGAGAUGAGAUCUGGCCUGACAACUGGACUGCCGUUACACAGGAUGGCAAGAGGUCAGCUCAGUUUGAGCAGACCCUACUAGUGACUGAAACUGGAUGUGACAUUCUGACAAUCAGACCUGAUGACAACGGAAGACCUCACUUCCUGUCUCAGAUGUAAAUCCCCAAAUAAAACAUACUGAACAAGCAGCAAAAGUACAGCAAGAGUGAAUAAACAUACUGGAAAAUACUCUACAUUGUAAGCUGAAUUGCACAUGUAUUUUGAUUGAUUCUAGCUCAUGACCUCGUAAGGAACUAACGCAUUGAUGAUGUCACCUUUGACAACUUUUGCUACUUCAGUAAGGUUUUGAUUGGUGGUAAUCAACAUCAAAUUUGAUCAGUUGGGUCAUUUUUUCUUUCAAACCAACAUUAGCUUGCAUCAACAUAUUUGUUUGUUAAGGUACAGGCAAUCCUUAACGGUGUGAAAAUGAACUUGUAAGAGACUGCUCUGUCUUAUGCUUUUUUUUGUAUAUAAGAAAACCUUUUGAUAACCAGAGUAUUUCCUUGUAGGUCCUGUAGGCACAAUAUGUCUCAGGGUGGCAUCGAGUUUUAUAGGGAUGGGGUGUGUUCAUGAACUGUGCAUGUCAUUUUGCUUAAACUUUUGAUGAAAGAAUGAACUGCGACUUAAUGUACUUCUCGUUGCAAGCAAUGUCGCAAUUUAUUAUUUCCCAUCUGUUCAAUUGUGAAUCAAUGUAACAUUGUUGUUAAAAAUGUUGCUUCCAACCUCAGUGGUCAAAGAGAAAAUGUCUGCCUCGAAAAAGGGUAGAAUGUCAGUUUAAAAAUUUGAAACUUCUUGCAACAUGCAGAUCUUCCACUCCUAAAUUGAUUAUCUGCUGACUUAAAUCAAAAGAUAACUGUAUGGCUCCUAAGUAUCGCUGCAAGUUGAUAGCGUGGACACAAAGACGUGUAACAAUGUAAUAAAACAUAGGAGCUCAA